UGCACAUGUCAUCCUUUGUUGCCAUUUCCUAUAUAUACAACGCAUCUGAUUCUACGACUCCUUGUCCAGCCAAUCGACAAGGUAAGAUACAACCACAUUGUAUAUUACAUUUGUGCUAAGUCCAGUUGCUGAAAUCCCUGCCUGCCUUUUUGCCCAUUACCCGCGUUACCAUCUCUACCGGCUGUAGCCUACCUGCACCAACGCCCCCACUUGCACUAGCUUACUGCCUGCACUUCUCCACGACAUGACUGAGAAAAUCACUGUUCCCAAGCUGCGCGGAGUCGAGAACUACACGUCUUGGUCCGCUGAUCUGCGUAUCAUCUUAAAACACCAUAAACGCUGGACUUGGAUCGAAGGGGCAAACGAAAACGCGCCUCCCACAUUCAUCACUGAUGCAUCUAGCACAAAGCCAAACCCCGACUAUGCCACAUGGGAAGAAGGGGCAGAUGAUGCCAUGUUCAGGAUUGUGAUGACCUUCUAGUUUAUCCAUUCAGUUCGAUCACGCCGCGACCGUCUUCAAAGCAUCCCUCACCGAUUACAACUCCGUAACCGAUUACUGUGCAGCUCUUGAAACCGCCGCAGCCAACUACACUGCCA